UAAAAAGUGCGUAGAAUUAUCUUUCUAAUGUGCGUAGAAUUAUCUUCCAAAGCUCGUACAUGCGAUAUUUUGUGAAUCUGUGACAGUGUUAUAGACUACAACGUCAACACGACAAACACUGUCACAGAUUCACAAAAUAUCGCAUGUACGAGUUUAAGAAUGUAUAAUUUGUCUGUGCUUGCAAGCUUUUGCCUUCCUAAACUCAAGAAGAAAUGAACUGUUUACAAUGUGUUUGGGGGAAGCGGAAGUAUUUAUCUAAGGCCGAAUCUGAGGCCGAAUCUGAGGCCCAAUCCGCGGCUACCUUCACAGUGGUGGCGGCACUGUGGUUGAGGAAAAUAAAUUGGAAAAUUUGGAGGUGAAUACGACUGAUCGCUCUUACUUUUUGAGCAGAAUGGCACUAUUCAUCGGGGAAUUCAGUUUCACCGGCAUUCUACAAUAUGGCCCAUCCCAACAAACGCGCUGGCUACCUUUUUGAAUUUAUUAAUGACUUGGAUUCAAGAUUGAGAUGUCCAGUUUGUUUCAUGACAUUACGAAGUCCAUUUCAGACCGAAUGUGGCCAUCGGUUCUGCGAAAACUGCAUUAAAAAUGUCAUUAUUAAGUGAGUAUAACUAGUCUUUUCCCGCGCAUUUCCACUCUGUUCCGCAAAUUGCGACUGCUAUAUUUGGGCUUCAGAUAAGUUACAGUAAACCAUUCUUGUGUCAUCAUUAUUCUCUGGGAUGGGGACCGGGGACCUGGGCUAGUGGGCUGGAAUAGGUACUUGACAAUGUGCUGAGAACACUGCUUAAUUUUCCAACCCUAUGAGGCUAAAAUGUUGUUGAAUCUUUCCUCCCGCCCGGGUGAGCUAGCUCCCAUAAUUUGCUGCCUUGCAUCCUACAUGUUUAUAUGAGACUUUAUAUGAGGCAGACUGGCCUGCAAAAACACACCAUUGGGCUCACCAUUAUAAACAGUAUAAUAUAAAUAUCGAAGUGACUAUAUGACCGGCAGCCGGUCACAGUUUAUCAAAUACUAAAUGGCCGGCAGUCUAGUGACUAUUGUUAAAGUUGAAUUUUUAUAAGAUGAACCUAUCCCCAACCCCAAACCCUUUUCUAACCCUAACCCUAACCUUUUGAGAGUUAGAAAAGUCGGGAAAAAAAGUUUAAAAAAUUUUAAGAAAAAACAAUGCUAAGUCAGACAAAACACAUCCCGACCCCAACUGCGUUUAACUUUCCGCACGCAGCGCCCUUGCCGUAUGAGCUAAUGGCAAGCUCGGUAAAAGUUAACGCAAACAAAAGUUUUUAUAUUCAACUAUAGUCACUAGACUGCCGGCCAUUUAGUAUUUGAUAAACCGUGACCGGCUGCCGGUCAUAUAGUCACUUUGUAUAAAUAUAUUUUCACACCAACAUGAAAUGAAUAUAUUUGUGUUCACAUACCAUAAAAUCAAUUGAUUUCAAAAGAAAUUAAUAAAGCAGAACACAAAUAUAUGAAUAUGUGCCCCCAAUUAUCAUUCUGGCUACGGCACUGGUUACAUUCCCAACUGAAGAUGAGUAAUUUACAUUUGCAUUGUUAGAUCUCGGCAAAGUUAGCUAGCUCAGGUACCUAGGCUGCAUGAUUCACCUCCAUAUAAACACCCCCUAAAGAAAGUUUUAAUAGAACUGGGUAAACAUAAAACAUUCAAAUGCUCCAGUUAAAUGCUACAAUUAAAAGUGCCUCACUGCAUAAAUCUGCCUUGCCUUGUUGUCAUUUUAGCUGGCAUCCCUGCAUAUAUGACAUGGCUCUUUAGCUAAAAUAGCUUUUUUAUCUAGUGGCGACAAAAGGUGUCCAUUGGACGAUACUGAACUGUCUCUUCAAAACAUUUUCCAAGACGUUUUUUGCAAUCGGCAAAUCUUGCAGUUACAAUGUUUCUGCACAAAUAGAAAUCUUGGUUGUGAGUGGACUGGCCACUUGAGAAUUCUGGAGGUAUUUAAUUAUAAUUAUGUACUUUCAUUUCAAACACAUUUACAUAUGCUACUGCAAUUUAUUAUACAGACUGUAUCAAAAAGGGUAUUCUACUCUUGGCAUGUUAUGCAUAAGGUGUAACCAGGGAGAUGCAAAAAUCAGCAAAAUUCUCAGGAAAGCUCCACAGCAUCAUCUUUGAAAUUUUUGAGGAAUUUCAUCAGUGAGAAAUUUCCAAAACAGAAUAAAUCAACUUUUGUCAACUUUAUUCAGGAGCAUCAUAAAGACUGCCUUUUCACUGAAGCAACAUGUCCCAUUGAAGGAUGUAAUGAAAAGAUGCUGAAGAGAUUUCUGGGGAAGCAUAUGCAAGAAGAGUGUAUGUUUCUGAAGCAACCACAGUCAUUCAUGGAGGUUUGUUUUAAAUAUCUCUAAUUGUGUAUCUAUGCCUUUACUGCAUGUCUACCAACCAACCAGUUUAUUAUAAUCUCCUAUCCGUAGGCUUAUGGGAGGGAAAAUUAGGGGGGGUGGGAUGACAAAAUUUGCCCACCAUUCAUGCAUGCAUGGAAAUUGGCAGACAAAAACUUUUUUCCAUCAUAAAUUGCUCAUAAUUUCAUUGUCAAAAACAUUUGCUAGGAUAGCGGAUUCUGUAAAUGUAUCUGACAUCAGAUUUAACCUCGAUUUGCCAGGAAGUUACAUUUUCACCUUGGGUUGUAUGUGUGUCUGUGCGUGUCUGCAGGAUAACUCAACAAUAUACCAAACAUUUAACAUGAUGAAAUUUGUGGGGGGGAAAUGGCAAAAAUAUCAAACAUAUUUAAAUUAACAAGUUUGUCAUGCUUUCCUGGGCAGAGAAAACUGAAAGUGUAAUUAGUGCAAGUAUAAUUUAUGCAUGAUACUUACAUGUAUAUGAGAGAGGUAAUAUAUAACUACCUGAAAAAUAUAAGCAGAUCGAACUUCAACGUUUUGAGUGAAGGUUGUUUCUUUGUUGGGAAUUUAGGAGUGGCUACUAAGAAGUAGUGUCUUGUUAUUGUUGCUAUCUAACACUGGCAGCAACCAUUAGAGAUUAUACAGGGUGUAUAAAAAAAACUGCACAGAUUUGAAAUUGCUCUUAAAUUCGCAAAACAGCUAUUAGUAUCCAGUUUUUGAUGUAUAUAGCUUCUUUGGCUACUUAUAAGGUAGAAAAAUGGAAAAAAUUUCUCGAACUCAAAUUUUGUAAACCAGGGGGUGUGUCUUUUCCAACAAACUAAAAAUGGCUCGCGCACAAAAUUUAAAAGCUUUAAUCAUAUUUUGAGUUGAUAGAUGGAACAUUUGUUGGGUUUUUAAUUACUGUACAAACUUUCAGACAAUUUGCUUUAGUUUAACUAUUCAUUUUUCUCUAAAAAAUUAGCCUUUCGCAUGCUUAAUUAAUGCCUUCACCUAAUUUGCAUAUUGCUGACAUAUGCAAAUUAGGCAAAGGCAUUGAUUAGCAUGAAAAUGGAUGAUUUUUUAAGAAAAAAUGUAAGUUUGCGUGAAUGGUUAAAGGGCGUAAACUGAAGCAAAUUGUCUGAAAUUUUGUACAGUAUUUAAAGUUAAACACCCAACAAACUUUCCAUCUGUUAACCUAAAAUAUGAUUAAAGCUUUUAAAUUUCGUGCGCAAGCCAUUUUUAGUUUGUUGGAAAAGACACACACCCCUGGUUCACAAAAUUUGAGUUCGAGAAAUUUUUUCCAUUUUUCUACAUUAUAAGUACCCAAAGAAGCUAUAUAGUACAUAAAAAACUUGAUACUAAUAGCUGUUUUGCGAAUUUAAGAGCAAAUUUCAAAUCUGUGCAGUUUUUUUUUUAUACACCCUGUAUACUGAAUAUCUUUAUAUUAUAUCUUGACACAGUUGAGUUACAUUAUUCGGAAGGAUUUUCAAUUGGGCCAUAACUGGCAUCGGGGUUUGAAUUAAACCAAGGUCACAGUGGGGUUGCGGUUAUGGUUAUGGUUAAGGUUUAAGCUAAGGAUUAGAAAUAGUUUGAGGGUAAGAAAUCCCUUAAUUGAGGAUGUUGAUAUCAUACAAAAUGUCCACAUACUUAAACCAGUUUUAUUUACAGGUUGGUGCACAGUUGGCUGACCAUGAAGGCCUUGAUGGGGUUAUGAUGUUAGAUGCCUGGGUUUCAGAAGCUCUGUAACUCAUAAAUUGUAACAUAAUCAGCUGCCUGAACUGUAAUAUGAUAUAAUGUGUAGUAGUGAUAGACCCCACUAUGGAGUGCAAAGGAUGCCGACAAUGACGUGACUUUGCUCAGCUAACACUCAGAAGUAAUUAGUAUGACGUCACCUCGUUCAGAUAGCAUCGGUUCUAGCGGCGGAAGUAACGCGUUACCAAGUCAUGUUACCAUUGUUACCAUUAGGUUGCGUUACAUGGUCGUGUUACCUGUCACAGACAUCAGUCGCGUUACCAUACGUCACAAUAGAAUAGCGUGUUUAAUUUAAAUUUAAUUUUGAUUGCGUUUAAUUUCACUGUUUUUAAAAUGGCUCAACUGAUCGGUGAGUUUAUAAUGUACUUAUAGAAUAAUUUAACAAAC